AAGGAAUUAGAACUGGAGAGAAGAAAGACCGAAGAACAAAGAGGGAGUCGAGGACCAUACCUGGAGUUCUCGUCGGAGCAACGGGAAGAUACCGAAGCUUCCUAUGCCGGAGUAACCCGCCGUCGACAGUCCACCGACUGUGAGUUAAGAGCUAGGGUUGUUUGUGUUUUUCUGCUGUUCUUCUAGAGAAAUUGGAUGACCCGGCAUUAUCAGCAUGUAUAUAAAGCAGGUUAUUAUCGAGGGUUUUAAGAGCUACAGAGAGCAAAUUGCUACUGAACCUUUCAGUUCAAAAGUUAAUUGCGUAGUUGGCGCUAAUGGAUCUGGCAAGACGAACUUUUUCCAUGCAAUUCGUUUCGUACUAAGUGAUCUCUUCCAAAACCUGCGCAGUGAAGAUAGACAUGCACUACUUCACGAAGGUGCAGGGCAUCAAGUUCUAUCCGCUUUUGUGGAGAUUGUGUUUGAUAAUUCUGACAAUCGCAUUCCGGUUGACAAGGAGGAGGUGCGCUUACGAAGAACUAUUGGUCUGAAAAAGGAUGAGUAUUUCUUGGAUGGAAAGCAUAUUACGAAAACAGAAGUUAUGAAUUUACUGGAAAGUGCUGGUUUCUCUCGUUCCAAUCCUUACUAUGUUGUGCAGCAAGGGAAGAUAGCAUCAUUAACAUUGAUGAAAGACUCUGAGCGACUGGAUCUGCUGAAGGAAAUUGGUGGCACCCGAGUUUAUGAGGAGAGACGACGUGAAAGUCUGAAAAUUAUGCAAGAAACUGGUAACAAGAGAAAGCAGAUAAUUCAAGUCGUUCAAUACUUGGAUGAGCGAUUAAAGGAACUGGAUGAAGAGAAAGAGGAACUGAGAAAAUAUCAGCAGCUGGACAAGCAGCGGAAAUCUCUAGAAUACACUAUUUAUGACAAGGAACUCCAUGAUGCUAGGCAGAAAUUGGGGGAGGUUGAAGAGGCUCGAACCAAAGUUUCUGAAACGUCCACAAGGAUGUAUAACAGUGUUCUGGAAGCCCAUGAAAAGUCUAAGGACUUGGAUAAGACAUAUAAAGAUCUAACAAAAGAUGUUCAAGGUUUAAACAAAGAGAAAGAAUCAAUUGACAAGCAGCGAUCUGAGGCACUACAGAAGCGCACACAGCUUGAACUUGAUGAUAAAGAUCUACGAGAAAAAAUGUCUGUGAAUAUUAAGGCCAAGGAGGAUGCAGCAAAACAGCUUGAGAUUCUACAGAGAGAAAUUCAAGACUCAACAGAGGAGCUUCACAAAAUUACUCCUUUGUACGAUGAGAAAGUCAUAGAGGAGAAGGAGAUAUCUAAAGGAAUAAUGGAGCGUGAAAAGCAGCUUAGCAUUCUUUCAAAACAAGGUCGAGCUACUCAAUUUUCUAGCAAAGCUGCACGUGAUAAAUGGCUUCAAAAGGAAAUUGAUGAUCUUGAACGAGUUCGUUCUUCGAAUAUGGUUCAGGAGAAAAAACUCCAGGAUGAAAUUCAUCAACUCAACGCUGAGUUGAAAGAAAGAGAUAUCUACAUUGAUAGUCGCAAGAAGGAAAUUGAAUUGUUACAAUCACUCAUCUCUCAGUCUCGUGAUGGUUUCAACGAUUACAAGGCACAGAGAGACAAGCUGCAGGAUGAGCGGAAGUCCUUAUGGGGGAAAGAAAGUGAACUCUCUGCUGAAAUUGAUAAGCUAAAGACAGAAGUUGUAAAAGCCGAAAAGAGUCUUGACCAUGCAACUCCUGGUGAUAUUAGGAGAGGACUGAAUUCUGUUCGGAGGAUAUGCAGAGAGUUCGAAAUUCAUGGAGUCUUUGGUCCAAUUUUUGAGUUACUUGACUGUGAUGAAAAAUUUUUCACUGCUGUUGAAGUUACUGCUGGAAACAGCUUAUUCCAUGUGGUGGUUGAAACUGAUGAAGUAUCAACCCAGAUAAUUAGGCACCUUAAUGCAUUGAAAGGUGGACGGGUUACUUUUAUACCACUGAAUAGGGUGAAGGCUCCACAUGUGGCUUAUCCGCAGAGCUCUGAUGUGAUACCUUUAUUGAAGAAAUAAUUCUCACCUAAUUAUACUCCAGCUUUUGCCCAGGUAUUUGCCAGAACAGUGAUUUGCCGGGAUUUGGAUGUCGCUACAAGGGUUGCUCGUACUGAUGGUUUAGAUUGUAUAACCUUAGAAGGUGAUCAAGUAAGCAAGAAAGGUGGAAUGACUGGGGGAUUUUACGAUUAUAGGCGCUCAAAACUGAAAUUUAUGAAUAUAAUUAGGCAGAACACAAAGUCCAUCAACAUGAAGGAAGAUGAGCUGGAGAAAGUUAGGUUUAAGCUUCAAGAGAUAGAUCAAAAAAUUACAGAGCUAGUCACUGAGCAGCAGAAAAUUGAUGCCAAGCAGGCUCAUGACAGAUCAGAAUUGGAGCAGCUAAAGCAGGACAUUCUUAAUGCUAAUAAGCAGAAAGAGUCCAUUUAUAAAGCUCUUCAAAAGAAGGAAAAGUUGCUUGCAGAUGUUCGGACUCAAAUUGAGCAGCUCAAAGCCAGUAUGGCUAUGAAACAGGCUGAAAUGGGUACGGAUCUCAUUGAUCACUUAACACCGGAAGAAAAAGAUCUGUUAUCACGAUUGAAUCCUGAAAUAACAGACCUGAAAGAUCAGCUUAUCACAUGCAGAACGGAUCGCAUAGAGAUUGAAACAAGAAAAGCAGAGCUUGAGACCAAUCUAACCACCAACCUUGUUAGACGGAAGCUAGAAUUAGAGGCUAUAAUAUCUUCUGCAGAGACUGACAUUUGGAGUGGGGAAGCUGAGUUGAAGAGGCAAGAACUAAAGGAGGCUAAGUUGUUGGUUGAAGAUUUGACGCAGCGGCUCAAAAGAGUUUCUGAAAAUAUAGAUGAACGAACAAAGCAACUGAGGAAGAUCAAAGAUGAAAAAAAUAAGUUAAAGAGUUUGGAAGACAACUAUGAGAGGACGCUCCAGGAUGAAGCAAAAGAACUAGAGCAAUUAUUAAGUAAAAGAAAUCUUCUUCUUGCUAAACAAGAAGAUUACUCAAAGAAAAUCAGAGAAUUGGGUCCACUAUCCUCAGAUGCUUUUGACACAUACAAAAGGAAGAGCAUCAAAGAAUUGCAUAAAAUGCUUCACAAGUGCAAUGAGCAACUCCAACAGUUCAGCCAUGUAAACAAGAAAGCACUUGAUCAAUAUAUAAAUUUCACAGAGCAGCGGGAAGAACUCCAGAAAAGGCAAGCAGAAUUGGAUGCAGGUGAUGAGAAAAUUAGAGAACUUAUAUCAGUUCUGGAUCAACGGAAGGAUGAAUCGAUAGAGCGGACGUUCAAAGGUGUUGCUAGGCACUUUCGAGAAGUAUUCUCUGAACUUGUACAAGGUGGCCAUGGGUUUUUGGUUAUGAUGAAGAAAAAGGAUGGUGAUCAUGGUGGUGAUGACCAUGAUGAGGAUGGGCCUCGUGAAGCUGACAUGGAAGGAAGAGUUGAAAAAUACAUUGGUGUGAAAGUGAAGGUUUCUUUUACUGGGCAAGGGGAGACACAGUCAAUGAAGCAAUUGUCAGGGGGUCAAAAAACAGUAGUAGCCCUGACACUAAUCUUUGCCAUACAACGAUGUGAUCCUGCUCCUUUUUAUCUUUUUGAUGAGAUAGAUGCUGCCCUUGAUCCUCAGUAUAGAACUGCUGUUGGAAAUAUGAUUCGUCGCCUGGCAGACAUGGCUAAUACUCAGUUCAUAACCACAACAUUCCGUCCGGAGCUUGUGAAAGUUGCUGACAAGAUAUAUGGGGUGACACAUAAAAACAGAGUCAGCCAUGUCAAUGUUGUCUCCAAGGAAGAUGCAUUAGAUUUUAUUGAGCAUGAUCAGUCUCACAACACUGAUUAAGUGAGGUCCCUUGUGAGAGAGACUGUUACAUUAACGUUGGAUAUGCUGGUGGAACGUUGAAGUCUCUGUAUACUUGUGCUGCUAAGAGUGUAAACCAGAUCUACCUCUUACAACUAUACACCCUUUGCUCUGUACAAAACUGAUGUUUUCUGCCUCUAUGUUAACCCUUUUGUAGGUAGAACAACUUUGGAAGCAUAGAUGAUGGAUCCCCUAUAGGCUGAUAAAUAUGGAACACUGGAUGUUGCUUGAUUAACAGUGAGGCUGUUAUGGAACUUUAAUUGUCAUUAUUGUUAGUUUUUUCUUUUUCUUUCCUGAAAAAGGUUUUUAACUGUUAUUUAGGUUGAUUGACUCUGUGUUUUAACUUGUAUGUGGUGUACAUAUGCAUCCUAAUUUGGUAGGAGUAUGCUUUUUGGGAAACUGAAAACCCUAUUUGGCUGCAGACUGAAAAUGAAUUUCAUGAUCAAUCUUUCCUAA